AUGGACCCUAAAGUGUUCCGAGCUGCUGCCUCCGGUGCUUCAAGUUUCUUUGAGAAUUCAUCAGAAGCCGAGAGUAAUACCCUUCAACAAGUGACAAUCGAGAAGAACACUGUUCUUCAUGUUGCACUGCAAUUCAAAAACUUUGAGGCCGCGGAAAGAAUAGUGAAUUCAAUUCCAAGCCUUAGGUUUAAAAAAAACUCUAAAGGCAAUACUCCACUACAUGUUGCUGCGAGGGUAGGAAAAAUUUCAAUGGUAGAGCUUCUAAUAGACCAUGCCAAAAAACAAGAUGUUGAAACUGGUGGUCGACAGCAGCUUCUGAGCAUGGUGAAUCAGGAUGGGGAUACUGCCUUGCACGUCGCUUUGCGAUAUUUUAACAAUGAUCAGUCUAAGAUUGUGGAAGAGCUCAUCAAGGCGGAUCCAGAAUUGGCUAAGCAUGUAAACAAUGCUGGGGAAUCCGCACUGUUCCUUGCUGUAGAUAGAGGACUCUACAACAUAGCUUCUCAUAUCCUACGAGCAGCUCCAGACAACUGCUCCUAUCAUGGAAGGCACGGCAUGAAUGUCUUGCAUGCACUUGUCAUUCGCACAAGUAAUUUCACCCUAAGAGAAUUGAGGAACUACGGGCAAGCAUCUGCAUAUAAUCGUUUCGUGGUAAGCGUGUUUUGGGUAGCCAAGAUGGUAUUUGGUAGCUACCCUAUUACGGAAGUCCUAAGUCGUGAACUACGGAAUGUAAGGUUUCGGAAAUUAUUUGCACUCGCUCGGCGAAAUUUUGGAACCAUUCCAGGAAUUGUGGAAGAUGUGAUAAAUAAAUGGCCAUGUAUAAUUGAGCAAGCCGAUGACUUAGGAUGGACUCCUCUAAACCUCGCCGCGCAUUUGGAUAACGAUAAAAUUAUCAAGCUAAUUUUACAAAAAGAGACGUCCAUCGCAUAUGCAAAGAACAAAGAAGGCUUAUCUGCACUUCACAUUGCGGCCAAGGAAGGCAAUUUAGGUGCAAUAAGGGAACUCAUCACAGCAUGUCCAGAUAUCUAUGAGUUGUUGGACAACAGGGGUCAGACGGCUAUUCAUGCUGCUGCAGAAAGUGGACAGCUUAUCCCAGAGUUUAAGGGUCUCAUGACCCUCUUCAGCGAACAGAAUGAAGAAGGAAAUACGCCCCUUUAUCUGGCGGUCAUCAAAGGGCAUUUCUUGAGUUUUUGGUUUAUGGAAUCUGCUAAAGGUGUUGACUUAAAUGCUACGAACAAGGAGGGCUUCAACAUAAUGGACAAACUUUUCUUAGCAAGGGCAUCAUUUGGAGCAAACUGGAGAAAGAAUCGAAUCAAGCCAUUCUGGGAGAAAGGCGCUCGACCAAGCCUGAGGGGAGCGAUGCGCAUUCGGAAUUUGGACCCUACAGGAGAACCAGAACAGGCCGGCAUUCGGAAUUCGGACCCUAGAAGAAAACCAGAACAGGCAGGCGAUGGCGAUGGCGAUGACGAGGGAAGGUCUGUAUCAGAUUUUGUGAAGCGAGUGAGUGAGACCAAUUUGUUGGUAGCCACACUCAUCGCAACUGUGUCCUUCACGGCAGCUUUCACAGUGCCUGGUGGAUAUAACCAAAGCGGGAAUGUGGGUGAGGGCUUGGCAGUAUUAUGGAAAAACACUGCUUUCCGUGUAUUUCUAAUAGCUAAUACUUUAGCUUUCGGUCUUUCUACUACCUCAGUAUUCGUCCACUUUUUGGGUUCAUCCGCAAUUACGGGAAACGUUUUUCAAGGAGAAGUGGUGCAACAUGCAGCUUCUUUCACAAAUUGGUCUGUUGGAGCAUUGCUGGUAGCUUUUAUUUCAGGCACCUAUACAGUGGUACCGCACUCUUGGGGGAACACUGUAGCCAUUACUCUUUGUUGCUGCUUCCUAAUUAGUCUGUUUUUCCCUGUCUUUAUAAAAAAGUUUUAUUGAAGAACUGUUUGACUGCUAAGCCCAAGCUGGUCUGGGAUGAUGAUUGGGGCCUUCAGAAUUUGGAAAGA